AUGAGCACUACACCAGUACCUUCAGGUCUCUUACUACAACAUCCUCGUUUUGACAGCCCCAAUCUCACCUUUGAAUCAUCUCCUCUUACGGCUGAGUUUGAUAGCCGCAAUCUAAAUCAUAACUCGUCUCCUCUUGCGUCUGAUCAGCAAAACUGUCUUCGAACGUCCCGAAGUCAUCUUUAUCAAGGACAUCGUCCUGAAAGCUUUGUUCUCAGGGAUGGUGACGAGGACUUGAUGGUCGAGUGGCGUGCACGUCAGCGUACCUUUGAUGUUGGACUGAUCUAUGCCUUACUAUCUCUAGUCCUGUUAUUAUUUAUUCAUGUACGCCGCAGAAGAUUGAAUUGUGAUCUUUCUGAUAAGUAUGUGAACCAAACUUUAGAGGGCGCACAAAAACCACGUCAAAAAAGAUGGGGACGGGAAUUUCGCACUGCGGGAGAUGUGAUUAUAAUUCUUUCAUUGAUUGUGUUAGCUAUACAGAUUGCUUUAAUCGUGAUCAUAGUUCGGAUUUAA